AUGGCCGAAGAAUCCAAGACCCAGACCCUGGCCAAGAUGCACUCCUACACCGAUCCCUCAGCCUACGUCCAGAAUUACACCUCCCCACGCAUGACUGCGCGUCAGCUCAAAUACUUCUUCGCACGCCUACAACGCUCCACGCUCGCUCUCGUCCUCAACAAACUCCAACAAAUAUUCAAGUCUAGCAAGGGCUGCGACAAGUGGCUCGCGGCCUUUGUCGCUGUCGUCGGCAUGGCCAUGGCACACGAGGACCAGCAGAAGACGAUCCACCAGGUCAUGGCGACGCGCGCUGUGACGGAGGGCUUCGACCCGCGGGACGCACAGGCGCAGGCCGACAUUGCGAACCGCGAGGUCGACCAGCGCAUGAACUUCGUGAGCCAGAUCUUCAGGUGGAAGUACAACCGCAAGUGCAACCCGCUGCGGGACUGCGAGCAGGACUGGGAGAAGGAGGCUGGGUUUGGGGACGAGACGUCGGUGACGUUUGUGCGGUCGGUGGCGCAGUUGGUCAAGGAGAACAUCGAUUAUCUCCAGCAGCGCCAGGGCAUCAGCAUUUCCCCCGCGAACCAGGGCAAGUAUACGGCUCGCCUCGUGGCGCCCUUCUUGCUCUCCUUCUGGCUCCCGCAAUAG